CUAUCAGGGAGGGUCUCUGGUGCUCUAGACUAGCUACAAAGACACUCAAGRCAAUGUGRAUGUGGAGUGUUCAACUCAAGAUGCCCUGCCUGUCUGUUUCUCUGCAGGAGUUUGGGGUUCCAUACAUGGAGACCAGUGCAAAGUCUGGCCUCAAUGUGGAGUUAGCCUUCACUGCUGUGGCCAAAGAGCUGAAGCACAGGUCUAUGAAGGAGCCCAACGAGCCCAAGUUUAAGCUUCAGGACUACGUCAACAAGGAGAUGAAGAGUGCUGGAAUGUGCAGUUAGAUCACUCUCUGUGUGCGUGCGUGUCGCGUGCUAGCUCGUGUCUUGCUCCACGUCAGAUAUAUUACACUCAUAAAAGAUGAUGUUAUAUGACUACCUGCGGCCUCAGCCUGUGAGAUAGAGAGCCAGUCAUGUGCGAGAUAUACCUAUGUCACUAACCACACAGUUUGCCCUUCCUUUGUCCUCUCUAUGCCCUCUGAAAGAAUCCAUUAUGUCCAUAUCUAAGGUUAUCUGUGAGGCGUCUCUCCUCUCCUCACCUCUCUUCCGUCUCUCCUCUCCUCACCUCUCUCUUUUCCUCUCCUUUCUCUCUUCUCCUCUCCUCCUGUUUUCUGGGACCCACUGCUCCACCUCCUUCUGCAUCUGUGAAUGUACUUCAAUAUCCAGCCAUGACUCUUACCCCAUCAGUGCUGUCUGACACUGUUAACUCUACGACUGUCUGACCCUGUUAACCUAGUCUGACCCUGUUAACCCCAUGACUGUCUGACCCUGUUAACCCAUGACUGUCUGACCCUGUUAACCCCAUGACUGUCUUACCCUGUUAACAGGGUCAGACAGUCAUGUUCAGACAGUCAUGGGUUAAC